AUGGUGUUUAAUUACGUAAUCACUGUAGCAAUUUCUAUUUUUGCAGCCUAGAGUCAAUUUUAUUCACUAGAAUCAAGGUAAGACUUUUAAUUUAAGGUCUAGCGAUCUAAGUUACCCAAUUAACUUGAAUAAUAUUUACGGGAAUACCGAAAGUAAUAAUAUCUAUUACUAUAAUAUCAAUAAUUAUGGUAUCAAUAUCCUAACAGAUUCGUUUAUAAUAGGAAGUAUUAAUUUUGUAAGAUUUAGCUUGGGUGUGGAAUUAACUAAAAAUCAAUCAAUGUACUACUUACUUAUGACUAACUUGAAAUCUACACAACUAAAUAUGAUUUUGGCUAUUACAGUUCAAUAUAUAUUUAGAAUGACUCUUCCUGGAUAUACAUAUAUUAUAAAUAAAAUCUAGUGGAAGGAUAGAAAUCAGUUUGCUCUAUUAAUAUCAAUCAAGGACUAUAUCCUGAAUGCAUUAUGUUGCCUUAAGACAAUUACUAAUAUUUUGGUUUCUUUCAAGUAACUUCAGACUUAACAUGUUAUUUUUGCGACGAAGCUUAUUCCUAUUAUGAUUAAAUUUAUACAUUUACUGGUUAGGCUAAUUCUAUAACAGUGAAAAAAAUGUUAGCAUUAGACUCUAAUAUUUAAAUGAUAGACUAAAUCACCAUAUUGUCUAACGUUGAACCAGAAGUCAUUCUAGAUUUAAGAGUUUAUGAGAGAUAUCAAACUAAGAUUUUAAAGGAUUGGAGUGAUUAUUAGCGUGUCGUGUAAUUGGGAAGCUCUUUGGACUAUGAUAUUUUUGAUCCUCAAAUAAUACCAGGUAACUAAACAUUAUAAUUUUCAAACCAGUAAUACAUAAAGUUUGAGAACUUCAAAAUUGAAAAAACUAUAACAAUAGAAUUUUAAUUACUAAAUAAUCCAAUAGAGGGGUAUUAGACUUUAUUCAACUUUACUUGUUAGAGAUAUUCGUAUAAUAUUAUGACAAUCAGUGCUGAUUUUCAUAAUUAAUAAAUUUUUAUUAAUUUUACAUCAUAUGAUGUCAAUUACUCUUGCAUUAUGAAUUUUGGAGAGAGAUUUAUGCUGGGGAUUGUGGAAUUGAUGGAUAUGAUGGUGAUUUUAUUUAUUUAGAAUGAAAAAUUGGUAUGUUCAGCUGGUCAACCAUAUAGUUUCUGGAUAAAAGAAACAGACACUCUAUAUAUAGGAUCAAACGAUAAUACUAAUCUUUAUCCAUUUUAAAUAACUAGUAUUAGAAUUAGUAAUGGGUUUUACUCGCCAUAAGAGUAUAUAAAUAAUAAUAUUUGUUCAUACUCCAUAAAUAAAUGUUUUUAUUGUCUGAAUGGAUAAUAUCUUUUGGAAGGGUAAUGCUACUCUUCUUGUCCACCUUACUAUGAAGCCAAUGAAUAACGAAAGGAAUGCAUUCCUAAAUGCCAUCCCACAUGUUUGGAUUGUGAUUUAGCGGAUCCCACUAUUUGUAUGGUUUGUGCGGGCAUUCGAGUUAAUACACCAGAUUGUAAAUGCCCUGCAGGCUACUUCGACGAUGGAAUCUCACCAGAUUGUAUUAGAUUUCUACCCGAUUAAACGGUUGAAGAAGGAAUUUAUGAAUUUGGCUGUUAUUCAUAUUACUCUGAUUAUUACUCAUAUGUUUACUUUUCCAAAAAUUAUUAAAGUCCACCUCUUGUUGCAAUAAGCAUCUUGGGGCAUUUAGAUUAGAGUGAGGGGUUAGAGUUUUAAACCUUUGUAGAUUCAGUUUACAACGACUAUUUUCUGUUAAGAGUUAUUUGCAAAUCUUAUAAUGCUUAAUAUAAGAUCCAGUGGGUGGCUGGUAGGAGUUAAAGAUUUUAAUCAGUUUUGUAAUCAGAUACAUCAGGGGAAUUUUAAUAAGUUUAUCUCUCUCAAGGAUAUAAGAAUGAUGUUUCAGGUGGCAUUUUGGGAUGGUGCUUGAUGUCAUUGGUUUCAAAUACGAUAGAUUUGAAUUUGGAAUAUGUAAAUGUAAACCUGUUCCAAUUGUCUGCUAACUAAUAUUUAUACAUGUUAAAAUACUAAUUCUUUGAAUUCUUAGGUUACAUUUAGUACUCUUUUAAUGAAAUGCUAAGUUAAAGCACUUAAGGUUAAGGAUUUUCUAUUGGAGGAACCACGAUUACUUAUGGUAUUUAGUCUUACCCAUUAACCAUUCCAACCCUAUUGUCCAUCAAAAGAAUAUCAACAUUAUACUCUUAUUCUCCUCAAUAUUACAUUCAUCAAAAAAAGAGAGCAGGAUCAGUUGAAUUCAAGAUUAGAACAAAUGGACAAUAUAUUAUCAAUUAUUUCACUGCUGAUCUUAUAUAUUUCACAGUCGAAUGUCUUGACUCCUUUAAACCAUGCGAUUACAUUGAAGAAUUGUAAAAGUGCAAUCCAAUACUAACUGGUUGCUCAUGCAAUCCAAAUUAGUAUCUAGACUUAGCGAAAAAUGUCUGUGUAGAUUGUGAUCCCAAUUGUUUAACCUGCAAUACUAAUUUUGCAAAUUGCUAAUCAUGUCCCGCAGAAUACAAAACAUAGCUUAUCUAGAACCUUACCACUAUGUAUUAUUAUUGUGUAUGUGCUACUAAUUAAUACCAAGAUUCAAAUGGAAUAUGUCAAGAUUGUGAUCCUAACUGUUUAACAUGUGAAAUCGCUCCAACUUACUGUACAAGUUGUGGUCCAAAUUAAACUAUAAAUAUAUCUCAGUAAUGUGAAUGUGUAGUUGGUUAUACAUUAACAGAACUUGGAUGUGAAAAGUGUUAAUCCCCUUGUAUUGAAUGCAAAACCACAGUGACUAAUUGUACUUCAUGUCAAUACAGUGGUUAAGUGAUACCAUCAUGUUCAUGCCCAGUAGGAUAUAAGGUGGUAGGUGGAAUCUGCAAUCAGUACUGUCCCGCUUUGUGCAUUGAUUGUACAAGUCAAACUUCUUGCAACUAAUGUGUUUAUCUAUCCUCUUAUAAUGCUGCGGUAAAUGCAUGUGUAUGUUAAAAUGGGUAUUACAGCAAUAGUUUAGAAUGUUUAUUGUGUUAAUCCCCUUGUCUAGAUUGCACUUCACUAACAACGUGCACAUCCUGUAUUAAUCCCACCUAUUAUGUUGAUGUCACUUGUGUACAAUGUGUAUCUCCAUGUUUGUAAUGCUCUGCCUCCAACAUCUGUUUCUCCUGUAUAAAUGACUCAUACUAUCUGUAAAAUAAUUUAUGCGUCUCUUGUGCAUCACCUUGCUUAACUUGUUUAGAUCUUAAUACUUGUAAAACUUGUGUUAAUGAUUCAUAUUAUUACGACGGUUCAGUACAAUAAUGCAAAUUAUGUCUAUCCCCUUGUUUAACAUGCGAAACUGAUACAUAUUGUAAAACCUGUGUGAAUACCUUGCAUUAUUUAUCCGCCUCUAACACGUGUUUAACUUGCGUUCCUCCUUGUUAAUCAUGUUCAUCUGAAACUUAAUGUAUUAAUUGUAUCCCUGGAUACUACUUCGAUGCCAAUAUGACAUGCAUACAAUGCGUAUCACCAUGCACUUUGUGUUCAUCUGUAGAUUUUUGUAGUGAAUGUUUAGCUGGAUAUUUCUUAGAUGCAAAUAACACUUGUUAAGCAUGUCUUCAGCCUUGUGCUACAUGUAUAAACUCAUCAACAUAUUGUAAAUCUUGUGCAGAUCCCUUAAUGAAUUUAAGCUUUGGAAUUUGCCAAUGUGCUUCUGAUCAAUAUUUUGAUUAAACUAAUUCUCUUUGCAUUAAUUGUCACACUACUUGUACAACCUGUACUGAUCAAAAUGAUUGCUGUUUAGCAGCUGAAUUCAAAAUGCUGAAUCCUAGUACCAAUCUUUGUGAUUGUCAAAAUGGCUAUUUCAUGUCAUUAACAACUUGCAUAUCAUGCACUUCUCCAUGCAUUAAUUGUACUGAUUCAUCAGUCUGUACUAGUUGUGUCGAUGGUUAUUACCUAUCAGGCACUACUUGUUUAAGAUGCUCAUCUCCUUGUUUAAAUUGUGUUAAUGCAGCAACGUAAUGUUAAAGUUGUGUUGGAAUUGACAUGACUUUGACUAAUAAUGUAUGUUCAUGCCCAACUCAAUAUUACAUGAAUGCUAGUCUGACAGAUUGUCUUCAAUGUCACCCUACUUGUUUGACUUGUACUGAUGCGGGUAAUUGCUGUUUUCCUGCUGAAUACAAGGUUUUAGAUUCCAUCAGUAAUGCUUGCAACUGCAUAGAUGGGUAUUAUUUUGAUUCAAAUGGUGUUUGUUAAAAAUGCAGUAGAUAUUGUUUAACUUGCGAAACUAAUGCUACAAACUGUUUAAGUUGUGAUACUAAAUUCUAUUUGGAUGUUUCAGUUUGUAAAUGCUAAGAUAGUCAUCAAUUUAUUAAUGAUUUGAAUAUAUGCGAAAAUUGUUCAACUAAUUGUUUAACUUGUUCAAAUAAUGCCACAAAUUGUUUAACAUGUGAUGAAACCAAAAAAUACCAACUUAUCAAUAAUGUUUGUUAAUGCAAAACAAAUGAGUAUUUAAAUGAGAAAGGCAUAUGCACUUAAUGUCAUUCGACCUGUUCCUCCUGUGUCAACGGUACAGAAAUUGGGUGUUUGAUUUGCAUUCCCUAAAGAAAAAUGAACCCUGAUAAUAAGUUGUGUGAAUGUGCAGUUGGAUAUUUCUAGAAUGACAAUUCAGAAUGCAUAAAGUGUAAUAGCAAAUGUGGGAAGUGUGUAAAUGAUCAUGAAUGUUAAACAUGUUCUGAAAAUAGAUCUUUAAAUUCAGAUGGAGUGUCAUGUAUAUGUAAUAAUGGAUACUUUGAAAAUGAGAAACAAGUUUGUCAAAAAUGCUCUCCUCCUUGUUUUAAUUGUACAAGUGCAUCAGAUUGUCUAAGUUGCAUAGAUGUGAAUAGAGAUGUCGUCUAGUCUAGAUGCGAAUGCUAAAAAGGAUUUUUUGAGAAUGAGUAGAAUUAAUGUGAGAAUUGUUCAAGUAUAAAAGGUAAAGUGAAUGAUAUUUGUAAUUACAUAAAUUGUGGGGAUGGUGAAUUAACCAAAGGAGAAUAAUGUGAUGAUGGUAAUAAAAAUAGUAGAGAUGGUUGUACAGAUUGCAAAGUAGACUCUCUUUUUACUUGUGUUAAUAAAAUGCUAUCCAGAUCUAUCUGUUUCUAAUGUGUUGCUAAUUGUUAAACUUGCUCAUUAAAAGGAUAUAAAAGUUCAUGUGAUUAAUGUUAUGAUGGUUAUUAUCUAAAAGAUAAUGAGUGUUUGAAAUGUUCAGAUAUGUGUUACACUUGCAAGGAUAAUAAAACAUGUCUAUCAUGUACUAUCAUAGAUGCAAAACCUGAUGACAAAGGAGCAUGUCCAAAAUGUACAAAUGUUAAAGGAUAUUACAUUGUUAAUCGUAAAUGUAUUACAAAGUGUGGGGAUUCAAUUAUAGUUGACGGUGAAUUAUGUGAUGAUGGAAACAAUCUUGAUGGCGACGGUUGUAGUUCCAAAUGUCAAGUGGAAAAGUAUUACACUUGUAAAGAAUCAUCUUGCACAAAAAUACCACAAGCAUAGGUAGAUGCUGCAUAUAUAAAUUCUACAACUUCUGAUAGCAUGGCUCUUAAUUUUCCUAUUGAUUAAGGCGAUCCAUGCGCCAAAAUCAAUAUUACAAUAGAUUAAUUUCUCCCAAAUGACUUUUAAUCCUUCAUCAAGUAUGAAUAAAUUGAUGAAAACAAUUCCAAAUGUAAUAUCGAUUUUUCAUUCAACAAAACCAUUGAUCUUGGAAAUCUCAUACACAUCUUCAUCCCAGUUAAAGUGAGAACAUCUAGACGUGUACUUGAAGAAGAAACCAGAGAGAUUAUUAUUACUCCAAGGAAGAAAAUUAUUUAUUCCUAAAAUCAAGUUAAAUAGGCUGAAAGUGCAAGUGAUGCCCAAUCUACUCUUGGAGAAAUGAUGUAUUUUAUAGCUCCAUCUGUCAUACUACUAGGUGGAUUCAACUUCUUUUGGACCAUUAUGGAUAUCUUAAGUUGGAUCAACAAUCUUUAUUAUAUCAAUAUCUAUUUCCCUGAAAAUGUUCGGAUGUUCUUUCAAAAAUCUGCUUGGGGAGAUUUUCAACUAUUUCCAGCAUUUUUCGUACUAAACGAACCUACUGAUCCUUAUUAUGUUGAGAGUCCUAAGAAAUUCAUGGAAAAAGGAGUUGAUCCAAUAUUCCUUAACAACACAUGGACUUGCUUUGCCAUCAUAGGUAUUACGAUUGCUGUUCAAUUAUUAUCUUGUGUCAUUUUAUUGAUCCUUGAAUGUAUAUGGCCUCCUGUUACAUAAAAAAGCUAAUUGCUCUCCAAUAAAAUCUUUCAAUUGAAUGAAACCAAAGCUUCCCCUACCAAAUUCAAUUCAAAUUUAUUUUCUAAAGUGAAAAACAAAUAGCCUGUCGAAAUAAUACAACAAAUAGUUAUAAAUCCCAGAAAGAGAUUCCCAUAUCUAAUUGACAAGAUCUACUAACCUUUGCACAAGUUUAAGGUGAACUUUCUAUCCAAUUUCAUUAAGUCCUUAAACUUAGCCUUUUUAGACUUAGUAUUAGCCAUCAUACUUCAAAUCACAACAGUUCCUAGCAGUCUUAUGGAUUAUUAAAUUGUAUUCAUGAAUCAAAUCUUGUCAUAUGUGUGCAUCAGUGUCUGCGUCUUUAUUUUGAUCAUUUCCUAUUAUGUGACCACCAAACACCAUAUGCUGUUGGAUCAUGAGAUCUUUUAGAAAUAAUAUGGCACUUUAUAUGAAAGCAUCAACACCAAAUCCAGCACUGCUAUGAUGUACUCCUUCAUCAACCUAAACCGAAAGGCCUUAUUCAUUGUAGUAGUCGUAUACUUCUACUAUUAACCACUACUAUAAACUGUAUUCAGUUGUUUCAUCAGCUUUCUGAACAUAGCCUUGAUCCUUUACGAAAAUCCAUUUCCAUCCAAUGCUGAACUGGUCUAAAAUGGAGUUCCUGACUUCUGUAUUUUUGUUUUAAUGCUCUUAUCCACAGGCUUUGCUCUUGAUGACAUAAUUGGUUUAUUAAGCGCAGAUCAGAGAUUUUAAAUAGGAUGGUUGAUGAUAGGAACUAUUGGAUUGUCAAUAUUUGUAUAACUUGUCUUUUUAUUGAGAGAGUUUGUAUAAGAUUUAUAAGAGAAAUUCUUAAUUGUUUUUAAAAAAAUCUAGAAUUGUUUAAAGCCUAAAAAUAAAUUAUGA